AUGGUUGCUGUUUUAUUACUUUACAUUUUUGCAGUGAGAACAAGUGCACAGACGCCAUGUUUUGGAGAAGCAGUUAUAGCCGACUUGGGGUUCUAUAUCAACAAAACAGGUUCGUCUCUAUAUGAGUGUUACAAAGACAUUCCAGACUACAAGAAUGAGCUCUGGGGAUAUUAUAUGGACUCAAUGUGUUAUGUAGAUACCCGUAUCUUUAACAUUCAUUGGAACAACCAGAAUGUCUCGAUGUGUGGGAUGUGUCUAGAAAUAGUUGGACCGUCUACUAAGCCUUUUCAUUGUCAAGUUGGUGGAUACUUUGUGAUCAAUGAUGGAAGAGACAAUUCUGAUGUCGUUGCUGUUCCUUCUUCAUUAAUGAAAAUAGCAACGACCUCUUCUAAAGGCACCGAAAAAGUGUUUAACGCCGCAACAUACAGACAAACAGAUUGUGGCUUUCAGACUCCGCCAAAACUCGUUGUUCUCUCUAAAGAGAAUAAGACGGAACUCUUCAUUAUUAACUCGAAUAAACUAGUUACUGAGUUUAGAGUCAAUUCGAAGAAGUAUUAUAUUAAUAACGCUUCAAUAGUACUUACCGCCCCUUUUAAUCCAAGAAACAAUAUCUCUUUUGUUACUCUCGACAGAAACAUCUCAUCGUUUUAUAACAUCAAAUUGGACUCUACCGGACUCUACACGGCAUCUUCUCUCUUCCCAAUAGACGUGUACCCAACUUGCCGGUUCUACUCGAGUCCACAGAUUUUCAGUGUCACCGACAAACACUCGAAGAACGAAUUUGACUGGAAAAUUCAUGAUGUGAAUGAUGGAGUCUUAGUCCCCCAUCUCACUGAAAUAGGCAAAAACAUUAGUAUACCCUCCAUUAAUGGCUACGCUGAAUUCUUCUUGGUAUCUCCAACAGUAUUACAACUGAGUCAACAGUUUGAGUACAUCCUCUUCAAUUUCUACGCACCUUAUGGGACGGCGUGGCUGGACAAUUACAUGGGACUGAUGGAAUAUGGGAACACCAAUGCGUCGAAGGUGGAGAAAGUGUGUCAGACGAUGCAGAACAAGUACGUCUUCCAUAGUGUGACAGACGGUCUGUUUAACGUCUCCGUCAAAAUCUAUUUCUCGGACAAGACGUGUCAAGGCUUUGCUAAUGUCAUCAAUUUCAAAGCGAAAUUGGCAGUUGGGAAGAGCGCAUUCAUAUCGGAUAUCAAAUUCAAAACAAGAGAUACUAACACGACGUACUGUGAUAAGAAGGUGACGUCAUGUUACGACACAGAGUGCACUAUUGACAAGAACGUCUAUGACUUGGGCGACGGAUUUGUGUUGCCAUUUGAAGAUGGGUGUUAUCCUAAAUGUGGGUCGUGUGACUUGGGAAUGGUUUGUAAUAACCACGGAAAGUGUAUGUACCCCCAAACAAAAAACUCAAGAAACAAAGCACAGCAGAUGUGGGUAUUAGUUGUGUGUAUAUUAUUGUGCUUGAUUUAA